CGCACACUGACUCUGUACUGCUCUCUGUCUCAGACGUCGUUGAUGUCGUCUCUACUGCUGCAGAAUAUAAUGCUCUUACCAAGAACAAUGGCAACGUUAGUGAAUUUACACCAAUAAUAUUCGGUGUGACAAACCUCGUCCCGGAAAGAAAACCCUUUUAGUUUAUCGGGUCGAGCUUGCUUUGAGGAACAGACUGGACAAUUUUCACGUUUGAAGGACUGAAGUGGAGAUUUGGUGACUUUGGAGUGGACAAGUAGGAGUAGGACCACCGUCAGACCAACGUUUUAUCGACCGCAAAACAACAGAGCAGAUAGCCAAGGGCGUUUGGACCAGCAGAAAUCACCAUGUUGGGGGAUGAGGGGAUCUAUGCGGCGAAGAAGAGGAAGAAACCCGUCCAGAAAAGCGACCCUCCAGAAGAAGAGUGAGUGUCCGGCCGCCCUCGUCAGUGGGAACGGGAGGAAAGGAUGGACAUCCACUUCUAUAGACGGAGUUAGCCUCUCAGAGGGAAACCUACUGCUGCAGGCCCUGAAUGGUUUUGUCCUGGUGGUGACCACUGAUGGCUCCAUCUUCUACGCCUCUCCAACCAUCCAGGACUACCUGGGCUUCCACCAGUCUGAUGUGGUGCACCAGAGUGUGUACGACCUGAUCCACAUAGAUGACAGAGCCAUGUUCCGGUGUCAGCUUCACGUCACUCUCAACCCCAACCAGAAUGACUCAGAGGCCGGACCAGACGCCAGGCAAUCAAGCAGCAGGCCUGAUGGUGAGUCUAUGAGCUACCUGCCCCAGCACAUUCCUCCAGACAACAGCUUCUUCCUAGAGAGAAGCUUCUGCUGUCGCUUCCGCUGUCUGCUAGACAACACUUCCGGCUUCCUGGCGUUGAAGUUCCAGGGGCGUCUGAAGUAUGUGUGUGGUCAGGGGAGGCUGGCGGAUGACGGGGCCACGACCCCCGCUCAGCUGGCCCUCCUUGCCAUCGCUGCGCCCCUGCAGCCCCCGGCUGUCAUGGAGAUCAGGACCAAGACUCUCCUCUUCCAGACCAAACACAGACUGGACUUCGCCCCCAUGGGUAUAGACACCAGAGGUAAAGUGGUGCUGGGUUACUCUGAGACAGAGUUGGUCACUAGAGGCUCAGGUUACCAGUUCAUCCAUGCUGCUGACAUGAUGUACUGCGCAGACAACCACCUCAAAAUGAUAAAAACAGGAGAGACUGGUUUCACAAUUUUUAGGCUGCUGACUAAGGCAGGUGUGUGGGUGUGGGUUCAGGCCAACGCCAGGGUCGUCUUCAAGGCAGGGAGACCCGACUUCAUCGUCGUUCGACAGAAAGCCCUGAUGAACCAGGAGGGCGAGGAGCACCUGCGUCAGCGGAGAAUAGAGCUUCCCUUCAACUUUGCCACUGGGGAGGCUCUGCUGUAUGAGUCCUGUUCCUCUCUGGAUACUGCCGUUAUGCCUCCAGGACCACCCAUCCCCCCAGGCCUCACUCCCCCAGGCUCCAGCCCUGAGGACAAGCACCUGGACUCUACCUCUCUCCUGGGGUCCCUACUCUGUCAAGACCGCUCUGUCUACACUCAGCCCCAGGACCCUAGCCUGGACCUCCAGGACCUUUCCCCGGACUUAAACCUAGCCUUCCCCCAGGACCAGGACCCAGGCCUGGAGAGAGCCUUCCUGGACAGCCACACUCUGCUGAGUGUCCCCGGGGAGCUCCAGGUUCCCCAUAGGCCCAGCUUGGUAGACCCCACAGCCCAAACCAUGAUGGACUCUCUGGGGGAGAUCCUGGGGAAGAUGGGGGCGGAGGGCCUGGAGGGGCUGAGGUUGAAGGAGACAGAGCUGAGGGAGUGGGAGAGCACCCUCUUCAGGAUCAACAUGGAACAGCAGGAUGUGACGGGGAAGAUGGAUGAUAUCUUAGCCAAUGAUGUGUUCUCGUAUGUGGAGGAGGCUCUGAUGAGGGAGAAUGAUGGUGGAUGUGUGAUAGGCAGCUUGAGACAGGCCACUGAGCCAAUAAACAGACUCCCUGCUCACAACACUGCCAAUCCGAACACACUGGGCGUGUUCCCUCACUCCCAGAGUUCCUUAUUGCCAGGCAACAAGGGCUUCAAUGGCGGGAACGGCUCACACAGUGAGAACCGAUGGCAGAUGGGUGGUCCACACAUGACCUCUAAACUCAACAGCUAUGAAGAGCAGAGGCUGCUGGGUAAUGGAGUUGUUAGUGGCAUGGAGCACGGGGUGGAGUGUAGUCCUGGGAUUGUUAGAGAGCCACGCAGCGUUGUAAACACAAACAUACUACCCAAGGCUGCUCACACGUUUGCAGGGCAACGGACUCAAGGAAGUGGCGGCUAUCUCCAUGGCAACCGAACGGUCCCACAACCAUCCCAUAUUAACAACCAACCGGAAUCCUGGAUACCCUCCAUCCAAAAUAUUAUCCUUAAUAACCACAGCCCUGUUCCUCUCCCAAACUUCUACAAUAUUCUCCCUGAGGCCUUUGACCAAACCAUGCAGCCCAGCCUGGAGUUAUACCACUCUGGGACUGGAGAUGCAAAAAGGCAGUUCUCAGGGCAGCCCUGUCCGGGUCCUUCAUAUCAGGACCCAAGGCAGUCUUGGCAACAGCCACGGCAAAGUACACAAUGGCAACCUUGGCAGAUACCACAGUGUUUUCCAGCAAAGCCAGUAAAUGGACUCCGUCACACACACCCCAAACACACCACACACAUACCGUCCAAUAACGCAUCCAGAACUCAAACACUCACACACACACCCUCAGGCAACUGUAUGUUUGAAAAAAGGCCUUCAAAUAUCAGUGGCCUUACACCUGCCCAAAACAGGUCACACGGUCCCAUACCUGCCCCAACUCAGUCCAAUGGACCCAGACCCACUCCCAUUCUUUCCAAUGACUGUAGAAUCAGCUUCUCUACCCAGGCCCCCAAAUGAUUUGUGCCUUACCCUGAAGCAUCUCUAAUCCCAAGACCUUCUUACCCCCAAACCUCCAUUCCUAACCCAACCUACCCCACAGCCGCCAUCCCUAACCCCAUCCCUGCCCUAUCCAAAGGGGCUCAGCCAGGGGAGGGCAUGGCAGCUCUCCCUGCCUGGUCUGGGGCUCCAUACCUGGGCAUGAAGCAUCUCCCAGGCCCCUUUCCCAGCCCCCAGCUGGUUCCCCGGAGCUCCAGGGGGGAUGGCAGCUGUAAUAAUCCCAGUGAAGGGAGCUUGACGCUGGGUGAGAGGGGGUUGGAAGGCAGCCUUUUUUCUGGAUGUCCAAUGCCAGGGUUUCCUCCUGAGAACGGAUCUGUACAAUCAUCUUUAUUCUACACAUGUGAGAGUGCUACAAUCCAUUUUACUACUGUUUUAGCAAGGUUCUGGGGGGCCUCCCAUCCUCACAAGACUUGUAGGUACUGGAAUGUGACCUACAAUGACCCUCCAAUGUGAAGUGUGUCUUCAUCUGUCCCUCCAUAGGUCCCUAGCAGUUCCAAACAGUGAUGCGGAUCCUUUUCUCUUCACUGGCCUGGCUAAUAGAACCACCAACAUCUCCUAGACUCUUGAACUUAGAGGAAUACAACAAACCAUCUCCACCGUGGCACCAUCAACAUCUCCUGGAGGAAUACAACAAACCAUCUCCACCGUGGCACCACCAACACCUCCUGGAGGAAUACAUCAAACCAUCUCCACUGUGGCACCACCAACAUCUCCUGGAGGAAUACAACAAACCAUCUCCACCGUGGCACCACCAACAUCUCCUGGAGGAAUACAACAAACCAUCUCCACCGUGGCACCACCAACAUCUCCUGGAGGAAUACAACAAACCAUCUCCACCGUGGCACCAGCGACAUCUCCUGGAGGAAUACAACUGUACAAAAAAUCUCACCUCUUUCGGAGACUGGUCCUUGGAGCUGGAUAAUAUGAUAUUUUGUUAGUUUCCAUUUCAAGAAACAAGCUUUAAAGACAGAUGGGCGGUAGUGUUUUUGGAAGUUGCUCAAAUACAGCUGUUUGUGUAUGAGUGAAUGUCCAGGUUGUUAUGGUAAGCAUAAAAAGGAGUGUACACUGUUUUUAUGCUUCGUCAUGUUUGUUUGUUUUGAACUUGUUUGAUGUCGUGCUGUUUUGGUCUUCAGAGAUCUUGUAUUGACAUUAUUGUUUCUGUUCAGGCUUUAGCUGUGAAGACACACACACACACAAAGGAAGGAAACAGUUAGCCUAGUCUAGCCUGAAGCCUAGUCACUCUUAGAUCUCCAGAGUUCCUCUGUGGAGGUGGGAGAACCUUCCAGAAGGACAAUCAUAUCUGCAGCACUCCACUAGUCAGGCCUUUAUGAUAGAGUAUCCAGACAGAAGACACUUGUCAGUAAAAGGCAUAUGACAGCCUGCUUGGAGUUUGCCAAAAGGUACCUACAAGAACUCAGACCAUGAGAAACAAGAUUCUCUGGUCUGAUGAAACCAAGAUUGAACUCUAUGGCCUGAAUGACAAGCGUCAUGUCUGAAGGAAACCUGGCACCAUCCCUACGGAGAAGCAGUGUGGUGGCAGCAUCAUGCUGUGGGGAUGUUUUUCAGCGGCAGGGAGUGGGAGACUAGUUAGGAUCAAGGGAAAGAUGAACGGUGCAAAUUGCGAAGAGAUCCUUGAUGAAAACCUGCUCCAGAGCACUCAGAACCUCAGACUGGGGUGAAGGUUCACCUUCCAACAUGACAAUAACACUAAGCACAUAUCCAAGCCCGGACUUGAACCUGAUCGAACAUCUCUGGAGAGACCUGAAAAUAGCUGUGCAGCGACGCACCCCAUCCAACCUGACAGAGUUUGAGAGGAUCUGCAGAAAAGAAUGGGAGAAACUCACCAAAAAUACAGCUGUGCCAAGCUUGUAGCGUCAAACCCAAGAAGACUCGAGGCUGUAAUCACUGCCAAAGGUGCUUCAACAAAGUAAUGAGUAAAGGGUCUGAAUACAUAUGUACAGUAAAUGUAAUAUUUCAAUUUUUGCUUUAUCAUUAUGGGGUAUUUGUGUAGAUUGGAGGGGAUUUAAAAAAUAAAAAUCAUUUUAGAAUAAGGCUGUAACGUCACUGUGGAAUUAGUCAAGGGGUCUGAACACUUUCCGAAUGCACUGAAUAUAAUAAUUUAAAUAGAAAAGAACGGAUUGAUGCGUCAAAUGUUGUUUUGUAUAUCAGUUCAUAAACAUGAUCCCAUGGUACUGAGACAUCAAAAAAUCUGUUCUCAACUAUCUUGACUUUUAUGCCUUAUAGUUAUCAAACCUCUCAACCUUUUUACACUAGUCAUUUUAAGCCACGCAGGGUUUUGAUUGGAGUCAGACAAACAAACUCAUUCCUUUCUCUUUUGAGUAAUUGCCUCUUCGAUUUUUGUGGCAGAGCUGCAUUGAGUUGGUUAUACUUUUUGUAUUGAGCAUGCAUCUCCAUGCACCUUUUUUGCUUGUUCUGUAAGACAUAAACAUACCUUCCUUAUCCAUCCAAGAAAGUGUGGCUUUCCUCUAUCAGUGUGUUGGAGUUGAGCUAUUAUUAUUAUUAAUAUAAUAUCUGUAAUAUUUGUUCUGCUUCUUCUGGAGGAUGAAAUUGUAAUUAUAACCAACUCUGUAUGGCUUCAUUUAGAAAGGAGGAUACUUUAAACAGGAUUCCAUUGUCAAUCCACCGGAAAUGGUUGGUUUUAAUCUGUAUAAUGGCAAAGAGACCCCUUUUUGGAUAUUGGAUGUGCCUCUCUUAGUAAGUAACCUGCUGGAAAAGCAGUUUGGAUUUCGAUAUAUUUUUGGUAUAUUGGCUUAUAUUGAGAGAUGUAUUGCCUUUAUAUUGAACUUUGUCUGGUUUUCUAUUUUAGAUAAAAAGGAGGAAAAAUAUUUUCACAUGAUCCUCCUGGAGUCAGUAGAGCCAUGAAUACAUACAGUGCCUUCAGAAAGUAUUCACACCCCUUGACUUUUUCAUUUUCUGAUUUUAAAAUAGAUUCAAUUGAGAUUUUGUGACACUGGCCGACACACAAUACCCAAUAAUGUCAAAAUGGAACUAUGUUUCUGAAAAUGUGUACAUAUGAAUUAAAAAUGAAAAGCUGAA